UGACGUCACGACCCGCUGGCUCCUUCAUUCCCAUCUCGCCCGUCUCCCAUCUCUUCCUCCCUCUCCCUCCGAUCUCCUCCGCGGCCGCCACCGCCGCCGCAUCCCAUCCGAGAGGAGCCCGAACCCCUGGCCCGCCGACGCGCCCAUUGCCUCCGAUCGCCAUGUCCGCCGCUCAGCUUCUCCGUCACUCCCGCAAGCUGCGGAGUUUGCAAAAUGCUGUAGAUUGCGAGCGUUCUAGUCUUGUUCGGUAUUUCUCUAGCAGUUCUGGUUCCUUUAUCGUCAAGGAAAAUGGUGUUGGAAAGAGAACUGGAGGCACCAGAUUAUCUAAGCAUAGCCAGCCUGCAAAAGAGCUUGAGACAUUCUCAGUGGGAGUAAACAGAAGCUACACUUGGACAAGAGCAUCCAAUAGCCGUAUCCCAAGUGCUGUUAGCGGUCUCAAUGGUUCAUUUUCAUGUGGACAGGUGGCUUCAGCACGACCAUUCUCAAGUGGUGCAGACUUGCCACCACAUCAAGAAAUCGGGAUGCCGUCACUUUCGCCCACAAUGACUGAGGGAAACAUUGCCAAGUGGCUUAAGAAGGAAGGAGACAAGGUCUCCCCUGGUGAGGUUCUCUGUGAGGUGGAAACUGAUAAAGCAACUGUGGAAAUGGAGUGCAUGGAAGAGGGCUAUCUCGCUAAGAUUAUUCAUGGAGAUGGUGCCAAGGAGAUUAAAGUUGGCGAGAUCAUUGCUGUAACUGUGGAAGAAGAGGGUGACAUUGAGAAGUUCAAGGAUUAUAAGCCGUCAUCUUCUGCUGAACCUGUAGCUCCUACUGAAUCAAAGGCUCAACCUGAACCUUCACCACCAAAGGUGGAGGAGAAAGAGGCUAGCAAGACUCCUGAGCCCAAGGCCCCAAAGACUGAUGAAGCUUCUCAAUCUGGAGAUCGCAUAUUUGCCAGCCCUCUUGCCCGGAAACUGGCUGAAGAUAACAAUGUCCAGCUGUCAAGUGUGAAAGGUACUGGUCCUGAUGGGCGUAUUUUGAAGGCAGACAUUGAAGAUUACUUGGCUAAGGGAGGACAGAGGGAGGCUUUUGCUGCUCCAGGGUUAGGUUAUGUCGACAUUCCAAAUGCACAGAUAAGAAAGGUUACCGCAAACCGCCUGCUAGCAUCGAAACAGACCAUUCCACAUUACUACUUGACAGUUGACGCACGUGUUGACAAACUUGUCAAAUUGCGAGGUGAACUGAAUCCGCUGCAGGAUGCCUCUGGUGGAAAGAAAAUAUCUAUCAAUGAUCUUGUAAUCAAGGCUGCAGCUUUGGCUCUUCGAAAGGUCCCUCAGUGUAACAGCUCAUGGAUGAACGAUUUUAUUCGCCAAUACCACAAUGUGAACAUCAAUGUUGCCGUACAGACAGAGCAUGGAUUGUUUGUUCCAGUAAUUAGGGAUGCAGACAAGAAGGGGCUUGGUACAAUUGCUGAGGAGGUGAAGCAGUUGGCUGAAAAGGCAAGGGAUAACAGCUUAAAACCAGCAGAUUACGAGGGUGGCACCUUCACGGUAUCAAACUUGGGAGGUCCCUUUGGAAUUAAACAAUUCUGUGCCAUCAUAAAUCCUCCUCAGUCUGCAAUUUUGGCCAUCGGCUCUGCUGAGAAGAGGGUGAUACCCGGUUCCGCUGAUGGUCAGUACGAGUUCGGUUCAUUCAUGUCAGCUACGUUGAGCUGUGACCACAGGGUUAUUGAUGGUGCGGUUGGUGCGGAAUUUCUGAAAGCAUUCAAGGGCUACAUCGAGAACCCAACCUCAAUGCUGCUGUGAAGUUUAGGAUGAUGACCAGCAAGACAAUUAUUGUGAAGCUGUCAGAAUAACUCGGCCACCCGGGAGGUGGUGCCUCCAUUUUGUAUAAUCUCGUGAUGGUCUCAAGGAGGACCUGGAAACCAAGAGCACGCAACCAACACAGAAUGACCUGAUUUUCCGUUUCCCCUUUUUGAUGCGGCCAGUGUUAGGCUGGAACAGUAGGAUCAACUUACAAAGCCUCAUUGAGCUCUUUUUUUUUUUCUUUGUUGGGUUUGCCCCCCUGGGCUGUUCUGGCAUGAGAGUGUCGCGCCUCCCCGGAGAACACUUUUGAGUAUAGCGUUUUGCAUUUUCUGUGCACAGGGAGAAUUUGGUCGGAAUAAACGAGGUCAAUAGUGAGGGAAGAAUCUUCAACA